AAAAAUAAAAUAGUUUUUAUUUUUUUAAUAAACAUUUUUUAACAUGGAAAUAAACAUUGCAAUAAAAAGUUUAAUUUUCUACUAGUUAUAAUAGUGUUUCUAGGCGUAUGGUUGGUAGCUCUGUCCUGCAGGAGGCUCUUUCUUCGUGACAGGACCUCACGUACCUGGCAGCCAGGCUUGAGCUUGCUGGGCUUUCUCCUAGCAGGAGUGGGAGUUUGUCCAUAUUUGAUUUUUGGUGGAAGUCUUUCUGGUAGGUUGUAAAAAGGGGAUAGAAAGUGUCUCUAAUAUUUGUAUAAUUGGGGCAGGAUGUCAAAAAGUGUAGUUCUGUUUCCACUUGGUUCUCUGUGCAGUGAGGACACAGUCGCUCUUCCUUCGGCAGCCAGGUCUGUCCGUGUCUGCCUGUCUCUAUGCUCAGUGUGUGUUCACUGAGUCUGUACAUGCUCAGGACUUUCCUAAGUUUAGGGUCGCUCACUUUAUUCAGGUAUCCUGCCAAUUCAUAUUUUCUGUUUAGGGCCAAAUAGCAUUCCAAUUUACUCUGUUUGGCUGUUGCGUCUGUCCAAUGUUUGAGGUAUUUCUCUUUUUGUGUUUGAAUGAUUUGGUUUGGUCUGGCUAUGUUUUUAUUGUCAGUUUGUGACGUCAGCUCUAAGACCAAUCGGCCGAGGGCAUUUUUCUCUGGCUUCAGCUCUUGGUAGGACAGGGCUUUGUGAUGGAGGGUCUGUACAUCGCUAUUUUUUAAGAGGGCAUGGAAUUUAAUGGCUCUUUUUUGAAUCGUUAUUACAAGGGGGUAUAAUCCUAAUUCUGCUCUACAGGCAUUAUUUGGGGUUUUGCGCAGCUCGGUCUGCAGAGUCUCUAUUGGGUGUUUGUCCCAUUUAGUGAACUCUUGGUCUGUGAGUGGACCCCAGACUUCACACCCGUACAGCGCGAUGGGCUCUAUUACAGUUUUUAUUAUUUUUAGCCAGAUUCUGAUUGGGAUGUCAAUUUGGAUAUUUCUCUUAAUAGCAUAAAAAGCUCUCCGUGCCUUGUCUCUCAAGUCGUUUACAGCUUUUUUUAAAUUUCCUGUGUUGCUAAUAUUUAUGCCAAGGUAAGUGUAGUCCUGCGUGUGUUCGAGGAGCAUGUCGUUCAAUUUAAAACUAUGAUGUUGGUCUUGGCGGCUGGGUCUUUUUUGGAAAAUCAUUAUUUUUGUCUUUCUGGGGUUAACUGACAGGGCCCAUGACUGACAGAAGCUGUGCAGGAGGUCUAGAUGCUGCUGUAGACUCUCUUUAGUGGGAGACAGCAGCACCAGAUCAUCAUCAUCUCUCUCUCUCUCGCUUUCUCUCUCAAGGUUUUGGAACAAGAUGAAUCUUGCUUUUGAUGUGAAGUUUGCGAGCUGUACUUUGAGUGGACUUCACAGAGUGUUGUGACUCAUAUCUGUCUUUGCUGGUUUCAUUUUUAGGAUUGGGUUUAGAUCACAGCUUUACUCAAAGAAACCCACAAACAGAGUAUCUAGCUGGCCAAUCUGUUAGCAAUAAAGAUCUGUUUACUUUUAGUGUCUCCUGUCAAGACAAAACAUACAUGUGCUCUGGGUGCUACAUCCAUUCGAAUCACUGGAGCAUUCCCAUUGUGCUUCCUGUGUAAAACAAUAGCAUAUGGGUGUCGAAUGAAGCAUUACUGGAUCUGACCUUUCCAUAGCCCAACUAGUGUUACCUCGUUUGACAUCAUAAAGGGAUAGAAGAAGGAUUGUUCUGUGACCACAAGCACUCACAUGUGUGACAUUUGCAUGAUCUCAUUUGUCCAGUUUUCCUUCUUUAUCUCUCUUGCUCGUCUAUUCUUCACUUGUUGUUGCUAUUUUUGUGAGUCAAGAGCUGUGGGACAUCCCCCGCCCUGACCCACGAGUCCACAGGUUAAGAGGUCCACUCCUGGAAGCUGUACUUCCAUAGCCAUCCAACUAAGAUCAAAACCAGAGAGGUGAUCAACCAUCAAUGUGCAGUUAUUUGACCUCCAGAUCUGGACUGGAGUAAAGAUCUUGUCUCUGAAGGUGUGAGAGUGGGAGGAGAGGUGAGAUGGAGUCGGAGGAGAGAGAAGGAUGCACUUUAGUGCAGGUGAUCAGUGAGAAGUACAGUCCUGACAAUUUUCCAUACUGCCGUGGGCCAGGGUUCGGAGUGGUGAUCCGGUCAAGCCCCCAGGGUUCACCUGUCAAAGAUCGUCUCAAUCUGCCCAGAAUCCUGGUUUUGGAUGGUUGUGGUAUCACAGAGGCCGGUGACGAGGAGGAGGUGGCCACUUUCUGUGCUCACGUGGUAGAGCUAGACCUCUCUCACAACCAGCUGAAAGACUGGGGAGAGAUAAGCAAGAUCCUGUUUAAUAUACCUAACCUGGACUUUCUCAAUCUGAGCAUGAAUCCACUGAGAGGGUCGAGUCUGGAUCCUGGAGCUGCCGAAGCCUUUUCUGGCCUCCGCCGCCUUGUCCUCAAUAACACGCAUGUCACCUGGGACAUAGUGCACACACUUACACGAGAGAUCUCAGAAUUGGAGGAGUUGUUUUUGUGUCUGAAUGAGUACGAGAGCGUGAGUACAUCGUCUGUACCAUAUCCGUCGCUGCGUCUGCUGCAUAUCACAGAUAACCAGCUGCAGGAAUGGGCGGAGGUACGCAAACUGGGCGUCAUGUAUCCAGGCCUGGUGUCUCUUAUCCUGGCUAACAACUCCCUUUCAGCUAUCCAAGAGCCCGAAGACUCCCUGCAGAGACUCUUUCCAAACCUGCGCAGCAUCAACCUACACAACUCAGGUCUAAGUCACUGGGAGGACAUUGAGAAACUGAAUUUCUUUCCAAGGCUUCAAGAGGUCAGAUUGUUGGGCAUUCCUUUACUGCAACCUUACACAGAUCAGGAGAGGCGCUGCCUUAUGGUGGCACAGUUGCCAGGUGUGACUGCAUUGAAUGGAAGUGUCAUCACUGAAGUAGAGAGAGAGGAUGCAGAACGCUUUUUUAUCCGAUACUAUCUGGACUGCCCUGAGGAUGAGCUACCACAGAGGUACCACAAUUUGGUAGCACGCUAUGGCCGCCUUGCCCCGCUUGCAGAGGUGGAUCUGCGCCCUCUCUGCAAUGCUCAAGUAGAAGUGCGUUUUGGAGAUCAAACAGAGCCCCUAGAGCUCAGACUGGAUCAGACAGUGGCAGACCUAAAGAAGCAGUUGAGAGCCGUGAUCCAGCUACCUUCAAACAAAAUGCGUGUAUACUAUAUCGACCGGCAGCUCGGCUAUGCACUAGAGCCACAGGAAAUGAAAUAUGGAGCUCGAGCACUUCACUCCUACAGCAUACGAGAUGGAGAUGAGAUCAUGGUGGUGCCUAAGACACAGUGACAGAAGACAACUAGACCCACUUCAAAAAAUAAAAAGUACAUUUUGAGGUGUCUUUUCAAAGCUGGAAUAUGAGGGACAUCAAACAAGGCCCUGAAAAGAUACAUUGGUCUCGGUUUCCUGCUCUGUGGAUGUGUGUAUGCUAAAAAAUGGUGUGGGCUAAAGAACUUUUUUAACCUUAUUUACUUUUAAUUUACUUUUUUCUUGUGUUUAAGAGACUGCUUCUCAGGAAUGACCAAUAUAUGUGUACCUUAAAGAGCAUUUUUACCAUUUAUUAAUCAUGUUAAGCUUGAUAACACAUUUCCAAGGUACACAUACUAUAUGAACAAAUAUAGUCUCACACAUUAACUAUACAGUAUAUACUGUAGACAUUUACUGCACCUAGUUUACUCAUGUUUCCAAAAUCAGAUAGGUGUGCCCAGGCUUCUGUAUCUCAUCACUUAAACUAUAAAAGCCCAACUCAACUGCUCAUCACCGUGCCGUCUAGUUUCGUGAACCUAUGUUCCAUUUUCAAACACUUAAACUACUUUUAUGCAGGACAAAAAGGAGAAUUUCUAAUUAAUAUCCCCUAUGUAAAAUAGAUUCCAUAGCUCUUUUGUCUGCUUGUUUCCUUAAGAUGGUGUAGUAAGGUGGUUGGUUGUAAGAAUUAAGGGAGGAGGGCUUAUAGAAAGUCUCCAGUUGUAACCAACCACAUAGCCACAUUCUCUGCUUGAAGUUCAACAGGGUCAGCUACAAGCCUGAAACUCUUCAGGGUUCCUAUGCCUAUUUACACACUUUACACCCCCCUGGAAUCUGGAAUGUUUUCAGCAUUGCCCCUGCCACUUCUUUCAUUGGUGGAAAAAGUCCCUGGAGUAUGUAGGUGCCAUAUAGAGCAUGUGCUGUUGGGGUCUACAACAUUAUUCCAUCAUUUUUGGCCCAUGUUUUAGAGCCAUGGUUUUGCACCUCCCCAGGAGGGCACCAGGGCAUGUCAGGGGAGGCACAGAGAAUUAUGAUAAAUUAACUAAAGUUAACGAAAGUAAAAUCAAAAGAUAAAUAUAUACAAUAAAAUUAUAUUGUGAAGUACAAUAAAAAGCUAAAUAGACCAUAGUUCAGCUUAAUAGACUGUAGCUCUAUGACGUUAUAACCGCAUGCAUAUCAUGCAAGAGCGCAUCUGUACCGGUUGUGUGAGUACAAAUCUCUCUGCUCGCAUGCGGAUAUACUAUGCGCUGCUCUAUGAAAGUGCGUGUAAGCUCAAAACUGGUCAUGUGCACUCACAAAUCUAUUAUAAAGCCAUAUAGCUCUGCCUUUGUUCAUUCAUCUGAAUAUUCUGCAUCUGUAGACGUGUUAUAUCGAGGAAGAAUCAAACCUGAGUUUGAGGAAUCAACUCACCAUUUGGCCGGUAACGAUUAAAAGAAAUGCAGUAUAACACAUGGUUACAUUCUUGUUGAACAAGAAUGAUAUUCUGAUGAUUGCUGAUGAGACGUGAGCAAAUCAGAUGACAUAAAAAACCAAGAACAUCUGUUGCGAGUUUUGAGACUCACGUCUUCUGCCACCACAGUGGAAAACAUAGCUGCACAAGUUUAUCAAGGACACAGAAAAUCUGAAAAUGUGGAACAAAAUCACGACAUUCAACAUGAUAUCGGGUCGAAGUGUCUCAUGUGUUGUUUGAUUAACAUAGAGGAGACUGGCUCAUGUGAUGUGAUGUGAUUUUAUUGCAAAUAUAGGUGAAAAAAAGUUAAAUAAUCCCAUUGACAAACAGGUAGGCUUUUUUUUUGUUGUAAAAAUAAAGCUAAAUACUGUUUCAUAUUAUUAAUAGAAAUAUUUAUUGCCAAAUAUUUAUCACUUUUCCGGUGUAGGCCUAUGCCGCAUUGCUGAAUGAGUCUCUCAGACUGAAUUUUGAUCAUUAUUGGAGAAUUGCUUCAAUAAAUAUGGUGAAUUUUAAUAAUAUAACAUUAGAGGUCAGUACCUGAUAAAACUUCAAAUAAGUGGGCAGAAUACUACUGUUUUUAGUGUUUUUAUUUAAUUUGACCAUUUAGUAUAAGCUAGUUUAUUUAUUAUCUACUUGGCCAUUGUAAAGGCCUAUAUGCAACAUUUUUAUAUGUAUAUAAUUUUGCAACCAAAAAUGUGUGUGUGUGGGUCUUGUCUUGACAGUCUUGUUAAUUGUGUGUGUGGGGGUACCGUUUACUAUUAACCAUGAUUAUAUGUUAAUUUAACCAUAAGAAUUUAGAAUCAACUGUUAACGGUGAAAUACUUCAUUUACAUGUGGCAAAAAGGUUUAUGUAUAAUGUAUAAAUAUAUAUCAUAAAAAAUAGUUAUUGUUAAUUGUUAACAGUUUGAAAAAGCCCCUGUUUUAGAGAAAGAAAACUGCAAAAAGGGACCAAUAAGAAUUCCAAUUAAAAUGACCUGUGCAACACUUUGGCAGUCAUAUUUAUUAGAUGGAUUUAAUUAUUCAUUAUAUGGUUUUAUUUUUAAAUCAUUUUUAAUUAUUUAAAAUAUAUCUCAACAUUUUAUAGGUUUUACGAUAUUAAUUUGAAGAUAUCCCUGCUGUCGUUUGUUCAGCAUUAAAUAUAGGGGCAAGGGGGACAGCCAUAGAUACUGUAUAUAACCUUAUUCUUUUUAUCCACAGUGUAAAUGCUUGCAGUGCAUUCAGAGUCAAGUCCUUUUUAUUUGUAUAGCGCUUUUCACAACACAUCGUUUCAAAGCAGCUUUACAGAAAAUCAUGCAUUAGCAAAAAAAUAAAUAAAAUAAAUUAAACUUUAAUAUCUAUAAAGUCUUAGAGUGAUCAUUGUGUAGUUUGAUUAAAUAAGAUUGUAAAUUGUGUAUAAAAAUAUAUCAAUAAUAAUUGUAUUUAUAACCCCAGUGAGCAAGCCGAAGGCAACUGUGGCAAGGAACACAAUCUCCAUAAGAUGAUGGUUAAUGGGAGAACAAUAACCUUGGGAGAAAUCAGACACACUGUUGGGGCCAGUUCCCCUCUGGCUAACAUCAUGAAUAUUAUGCCAAUAUGAAUUAUUUGUGUGCAGUGCAAGCAAUGGUUUAAAACUGGUAAAUUAAGUGAGCGUAAAUGUCCAGUGUUUAAAACAAAUAAUUUUUUUGAUUAGUCCAUCCUGGACUAACUGCAGAAGUUCACAUAGAUGCAUUGUCCUUUGUUAGUUGCCUGAUAAAGGCUUUUGUUUGCCAUUAAAAAAUAGUCGUAUGUAUUCCAUUUCAAGAGUGUAGUCGAUCAAUAGACAAAGGUGAUGCAGGCAGAGAUCAAUGAGGUGCAUUGCAGUUCAACCGGCAGGUCAUUACAAUGAGGUUCUGUGGGGUCCAUCCUAAGUCCAAGGUUCAGACAAUGGCAUAUGAAGUAUCCACUGUCUUACAGUUGGAGUUGGCAUCAGUUCAUCCUCUGAAGUCAAAAAACUGAAGUGAUGUCUGUCUAGCACUGGCUGUAGUUUGUUGUCAUCUCUCAGCGACACAGCAGUGGAGUCCGACACCAAGUAGGAACGGAUCUGGAUCUGGUCAGCUCUGGUAACCUCAGGAUAUGAAUCCCAAAGUUGAGACAUGGAGACAAAUAGAAUAAUAUUAGUGUAGAUGCCAUUACAUUUUUUACAGAUUUACAGAUCAUGAUAGAUGUUUCUGGUUCUGGCAGACCCAACUAAAGCAGCCUAAUUGUGGGUUGGAGUAUAAAUUAGGUGUAUGCCUGGCUAAAUAGAUGAGUCUUUAGUCUAGACUUAAACUGAGGGAGUGUGUCUGCAUCCCGAACUGUGUUAGGGAGACUAUUCCAUAGAUUAGGAGACAAGCAUGAAAAGGAUCAACCUCCUUUUGUGGAUUUUGUUAUUCUAGGAUCUAUUAAUAGGCCAGAAUUUUGCGAUCGUAAUGAACGUGAUGGACUAUGGCGUGGUAGUAGGUCACUUAAGUAAUGUGGAGCUAGAUCAUUCAAAGCUUUGUAAGUAGUUAACAGAAUUUUAAAAUAAAUACAAAAUUUAACUGGUAGCCAAUGUAACGAUGAUAAAAUGGGAAUAAUAUGAUCAUAUUUCUUGGUUCUCGUCAUCACUGUGGCAGCUGCAUUUUUAACCAAUUGAAGUUUAUUUAUUGAUCUUGCUGGACAUCCUCCCAGAAAUGCAUUACAAUAAUCUAGUCUUGAGGUCAUGAACGCAUGAAUUUGUUUUUCGGUAUCAGCAACAGAGAAUAUGUGUCGUAAUUUAGCAAUAUUUGGUGGAAGAAUGCUGUUCUACAAACAUUGGAAAUUUGAUUUUCAAAGGACAGAUUGGUAUCAAAUGUAACACCAAAUUUAUUUGCUGUAGAAGACUACGUAACAGUACAUCCAUCGAGAGACAAAUUAUAUUUUAGCUGCUAAUUUUUAGAGGUCUUUGGUCCAAUAAUUAGUACCUCUGUUUUGGUUCUGACAUAUAUGUUAUGGCUUUUGUUAAGUUUUGUUAUCUCUUAAUGACCCAUGACAGUGAAGGAUUGAAGUUGCUUGUGAGGAAAAUUCUGAGACACUGUUUUCUGAGGUGCUGUGACAGAUGAUUGCAUAAUUCCAAAUUUAUUUCUGAUUAUUAAAAUUUUAUCAGUAAAGAAAUUCAUGAAGUCAUUACUAUUGUGCUGUGACAUAAUAUCUGGUUCAGUCAAUGCUUUAUUCCUAACCAAUUAAGCCACAGUA